UUCGGCAUCUCGACCUCUUCGCUCACACACGGACACAGCGCAUGGCUUCGCGCGUGGGCCUCCUCCUCGCUCCCUCCUCCCUCGCCCGAAACCCACCUCGUGCUCGCCUCCCUUAUCCCCUGCCUUCCCACCACCUUGGCCGCCCCACCUACCGCCGAUUCGCCUCCUCCGCGCCGCUGCGCUCCUCCCUCUGGUGGCCCCGCCAAGCGCCACCCCUCUUUGCCGCCCGCGCCAUGUCAGGGUCCGCCGGUAGCCCCCCGUACGCCGCCGAGCUUGCAGCCGCCAAGAAGGCCGUCGCCCUUGCCGCCCGCCUAUGCCAG